AUGGGUCUGUGGACAAUGCAGGACGACAAGUCACAAGAAGUAGCAAGGGAGCUACAUGAGACAUUAUGUGCUGCAAUUUAUGACCAAAGAGAAAAAUGGGAUAUAUCAGAUCAAGAUGGAUCAGAAACACAACUCCAUGAGAUCCUGUCGCCGGGGCCGACAUCUUGGCCUAUGGCAACCUACCAAGGAAUUCUGAUCCAACUCAUCUUCUCAAUUCUCACCAAUGAGUCUAGAAAUAUACAAAUGACUCACGAUUUACCUGAGGUCCCGUCCCAACUUCUCGUGGGUCUUGUACGCACCUGCCUCAAAAGAAAUCUUUUUCAUUAUCCCUCGAUCCUGGCACAUUUCAAGACGCAAACUGGCUCAGAGGAGUCCACUUGGCUUGUUAUAGAGGGAGUCAAACGAUUCAAUCUGUCCUUGUAUAAAGUGUGCCAGAAUGUCUUGGUAACUGAUCUUAGUUUAUUGGAUGAUUCAUUUGACUGUGAGACUCGGCGUGGUCGACGCUCACCUGGAGAACGCCUUCUUUCCCUAGCAGAUUUACAAUUUGCACUUCCCGGCGACGAUGAGAUUUGGGAGUCUUUGUCAAGUUCAGCCAGCAAUGAGGGGGGUUUAAAAGGGUACAAAGACCAAAAUAUUGAACAAUUGUGGCUUUCUCAAGCAGCCAAAAUCAUGCAGCCUCGAGAUCAACGGUUUCAGUGGAUAUGA